AUGAUGUCAUAAUAGGAACAUUAAGAGUUCUAAAGUAGAUUUAAAGAUGAGGGAGUAAAUGUAAUAUAAUGAUCUCUAUAAAGAUCAAGAAAUAAAAAGGAAAAGAAAGUGAAUUUUAAAAUGAGGGCUCAAUUAAACUGGCUGAGUCAAGUCACUCGGAAGAAGGUGUUAAAUUAUGUUGCUAGAGGCCAUGA